AUGACUUUGAUAUACAAACUAAUCAAUCCAGAGCCAUACCUCCUCUAUCUGGCCCUUACACACACGACGAACUCCUGGAGCCCAAGGUCGGCCGGGGUUGGGUUCCUGUUGCCGCACGCGUGGCCCGCCCGAAACCCGCUACAAAGUAGCGGCGUGUCCGCCCUAGGGAGGCAAAGCGCAAACUUGUUACGGCGCCCGGACCCGCCCCGGGAUUCUCCCAGCGGCUCCGCAGGACGCAGCGCCUGUGCCUCGCGCGGCCCUGGGACUGGCACGGCCGUCCGCCCCCUGGGCCACCGAGGGCUGCUCUACCCCUCCGUUCUGGCCGCGGGCAACAGAGGAGCUCGGGGCGGGCAAAGCUCGAGGGGACACGGGUCGAGCCCAGACCCUGCCUGGGAGCCCUCCCCGCCGGAAACCAAAGGGCAGAAACGCACUCACAGUGCAACUCCGAGGGACAAACUGGCCGACGAUCGCCGCCAGGCCAGAGGACCAAGAGGAAGGCGCGCGGCGGGAACUGAAGUCUGGCUUCCUAGGUCUGGCUUCCUAGGUCUGGCGGGUGAGACACAAGGCGAGCCUGCACGAAGCAUCCUUCGAACCUCAGGUACCCUGGGCAGGAGAAUCGGCUUCUUCAGGCACCCUGCUGGGCGUUGGCCCUCGUCGAUCUGGUUCUCUCAGCCCCUCGGUUUCUCCCCUGGGGAGCCUUCGCGAUUACCCUCUCCUCCCCUUGGCGCCUAGGCUCUCAGUCACGCCACCGCCUAGAGCCCUGAGCUGCUAUUUAUGCAGCGUUUUUAUUCACUUAGGUAUUCAGCACGGCUUCAUCAGGUGUGUACUCUGUGCCAGGCAAUCUUCUAAUCCUUAAAUGGACGAAAUAAAGGCCUCCCUUGGACUGACAUUUUUAAUGGAGAACAAAAACUCAUAAUGAAAUAUAAAAAUAUUAAGGUUAUAAGAGCUAAGGGAAAAAACAUGUGUUACAACUUGAAAAUACAAAAAUAGCAAAUCAUCUUUCUCUGUGAACGAAUGAAACCCCUCUGAUUGUAAGAAACAAAGAAACAAAACUCAUCAUGACUGGUGUUCUGCAGUCUUUGGAAAAUACGUUUUACUGUAGAAAUGACUAAAUGCGAUGAAAGACUCUUUACCAGAAGCAGUGGCUGGUUGGCGCCUGUAUGCCUGAGGAGCACCCUAUUUUGGUCCAUGUUUGAUAAAGCAGAAGAGACCUAAAGAUACAAGGGGCGGCCGGGCGCGGUGGCUCACGCCUGUAAUCCCAGCACUUUGGGAGGCCGAGGUGGGCAGAUCAUCUGAGAUCGGGAGUUCGAGACCAACCCGACCAACAUGGAGAAACCCCGUCUAUACUAAACAUACAAAAUUAGCCGGUCAUAGUGGCGCAUGCCUGUAAUGCCAGCUACUCGGGAGGCUGAGGCAGGAAAAUCGCUUGAGGCAGAGGUUGCAGUGAACCGAGACUGCGCUAUUGCACUCCAGCCUGGGCAACAAGAGCCAAACUCUGUCUCAAAAACAAACAAACAAACAAACAAAACGACAAGGGCCAUCGCUCUGGGGCGUGGAACACGUGGUCCGCAGUUGGGAUACUAACUGUUGUAUGGGUGGGGGAGUGGUCCUCAAACCCUGGAGCUUCUCAGUCCCUGCCUCUUUCAACCUCUAAAUGGGCCCACUGCUUUUCCCUUCCCACUGUUCUGCUGGCUGGAGCACCCCCAACACCAGCAGCGCUGCUCCCAACCCUCUGGUCUGGGCUCUGCCAACCCCACGGGUCUAAGCUCUCCCCAGGCCAUUAUUUUUUGUCUCCUCUUUCUUCAUUGAGGUCCUCUCUCUGUCUUUUGCUCUUGUGCCUGGCUCAAGACAUGGGUUUAACCACUGUUUAUACUACCCCUUACUAAUGUUGACUCACUACCCCAUAUCUUUUUCUUUUUUCUUUUCCAAGUAGCACUCUUUGAGAUGUCUUUUACUGAUGUUUCUUUGCACGUUGUUUUUACAUGCAUUACAGUGUAAUGAACAUAUCCAUCCACUGAAAUAACAUUAUUCUCAACUACGCAAAAGCAAGCAAUACUCUUAGAAGAAUCCUUUCUGCAUAUGUCUUUAGACACUUUUACAUUCAUAACACUGUGGUCACUACCCCAUUUCUAUGUUUAAGUAACUUGACUUUUUCUCCUCCCUUUCUCUACCAAUUAAAUUCACAUUUUAUUUUACCGCAAGCUACUUUUACCUAGUAGAGUGUCUAUGUUUUUCUGUAAGAUUGAGUAAGGCCAGAGAUGAGGAGAAUAGUGAUUGUGAAGUAAAAUGAAAGAUAUACUCAAUUCUUGGGAGCAAUAGCCUGGUUGUUGGGAUAUGUUUAUUCAUUUAUAAAACUAAUGAGAACCUACCAUAUGUCAAGCACUGUAGUAGACCUGAGAGACAAUAGUGAAUAAAACCCCAAAUCAAGGACCUUGCCCUUGUGGAACUUUUAGUAUAGUAUAUAGAACAGACAUUGAUACACGAAUCAUGUAAAAAUGUAAAAUUACCACUUAAGAGCUGGAGUGGUGGUGUCAGGGACCUAGCUGUGAGUUUGAGGGAAGGAUGAUUAAGCACAAAAUUGAAGAUCAUUUUAUAAAGCAAAAGAGUGGAGCUUGGGGUAUAGAUAGAGGAAAGAGGAUGUACAGUGUGUGUGCAGGGCUGCCGUGACUUUCUACACAAAAAGCCAAGGGGUGAGGUGGGGUGGAGAGAGAUAUAGGAUAAGGCAUGAUAUAAUCUGGGCUACAGAGGGGCUGUGGCUGGAGAUGCUGGUGACUGCCAGACCAUGCUGGAUUUUGUAGACCAUGUUUAAAAUGUCCAUAAAUGAUGCUCAUUAAUAAUGUGUUGUAUAAAUGCAUGUCAAUAAAAGUUGAUGUUUGCAAGACCA